AAAUCAUAAUGUUGCAGAAGACACAGAUUUCAUCCUGGGAGUAAGUGGAUAGACUUGCAGUCAAGUAUCUGUGCAGUACCGGAUUCGCUGGAUGAAAUAAUUUCCUUUUGAGGUCACUUGGAUAUAUGUUGUGAAGCCCUAUGAAUUGUGAAAAGUUUGUAUAGGACUGCUGUGAACAUGAGGCUGGUGCCAACUGAUACCCUGAAAAUGAUUAGAUGAAGGCUGCCUUUAAAAGGUGUGGCAUUUUGAAGUGGGAUAUAUGGAAUGAGACUUGCAAACCUCCCUCGCAGGAGGCACAGGGGUGCAGGACAAGGUGGUAACUUUUGAUAGGGAUUCCUUUUGGAAAAUGCCAAACCGGAGGUUUGCUGAUGGCGAGGUGGUGAUGGGCCGUUGGCCAGGAAGCAUCCUGUACUACGAAGUACAAGUGACUAGUUAUGAUGAUGUUUCUCAUCUUUAUACUGUUAAGUACAAGGAUGGGACUGAACUUGCAUUGAAAGAAAGUGAUGUAAGGUCACAAUCAUCAUUCAAGCACAGGAAGAGCCAGUCCUCCUCAAGUUCUCCCUCCAGGAGAAGCACUAGCAGAUCUCCUGGUCGGCCAGCAAAAGGCAGGCGUCGUUCUUCUUCCCAAAGCAGGGAACCUGAAGAUGACAAAAAGAAAGCCAUUCAGGAAACCAACUUAGCUCUAUUGAAAUCAAGUGAGAAUAACACCAGAAGGUACAAUGGUGAACCUGACAGUACAGAAAGAAAUGAGACCUCCUGCAUAAUCUUGGAGCCAAAGUUGAAACCCGACCUGGAAAUAGAGCGUGGGCUUGAACAGUACAUCUUGCGUCCAAGAAGAGAAGAAAAGGAAAAAGAAGAGAUCUAUUCAGAGAAAAAGAUUUCUGAGGCGAUAAAACCAAUUGAGAAAGCAUCAUCAAAAACAAAGGAGCUAGAGUUUGGUGGAAGAAUUGGGACCUUUGUGCUGAUAUUUUUCCUGCCUGCUACUGUAUUCUACUUGCUGUUGAUGUGCAAACAAGAUGACCCCAGCCUUAUGAACUUUCCUCCUCCCCUCCCAGCACUUGAAAGUCUGUGGGAGGCUAGGGUGUUUGGUGUUUUUCUUCUGUGGUUUUUCCUUCAAGCUCUGUUUUACUUACUGCCAAUUGGAAAGGUUGUAGAAGGCCUGCCUCUUUCCAAUGGAAGGAAACUGCAGUACCAGAUAAAUGGGUUUUAUGCUUUUAUUUUGACUGCUACAGCUAUUGGAACUUUAUUAUACUUUCAAUUUGAACUUUGUUAUUUGUAUGAUCACUUCAUGCAGUUUGCAGUGUCAGCUGCAGCUUUUUCUAUGGUGUUGAGCAUUUAUCUGUAUAUUCGGUCCCUGAAAGCACCCGAGGAAGAACUCGCACCGGGUGGAAAUUCGGGAUAUUUUGUUUAUGAUUUUUUUACUGGACAUGAAUUAAACCCUCGUAUUGGCAAUUUUGACCUCAAAUACUUCUGUGAGUUGCGUCCAGGAUUAAUUGGCUGGGUGAGUCAGUAAUCUUAGGGUUUUUUAUUUGCUUAAAUAUUACACAA